UGACACAUGUUUUGUUUUUAUUUUCUAUGAAGUUAAAUUAAAAUAUCUAAUUACCUAUUAUAUAUUUGCAUUGUACAUAUAGAAAGUCAAAUAUAUUGUCUUUAUCUGAUAUUUGUAGUGUAUUAAAUAAAUAAUAUUGUCAGUCGAAGUUGACAUGAUGGAUUUUUUAAAAAACUAAAAUGAUGAACCAACUAAACAUUAAUAUCUUUGUAAUAUUUCUCGUUAUCCCAAUAGUAGCAUCGGACAGUGACCCGUAUUCUAAGGAGCCUUAUCGAGCUUUGGGCCCCUUGGUAAAAUGUGAUUUUUUGCCUCUGGAGUUUCUGGACUGUGACGAGCCUGUGGACCACAAAGGAAAUGUUUCAGCCAAGGCGGCCGUCAUUCACGGAUGCUUGAAGUUCGGUGGAGUGAGAUACGAAAAGGUGGAAAGAACAAAAGUUCAGUGCAAAGUGUUAGAUGGUAUUGAAUGUUUCGGUUCCCGUAGUUUUCUGAAGGAUGGCUUCCCUUGCGUCAGAUAUUCUGGACAUUAUUUUACGACUACGUUGAUAUAUAGCAUACUACUUGGAUUCCUAGGCAUGGAUAGAUUCUGCCUCGGGCAAACGGGCACAGCUGUUGGCAAACUCUUAACAUUGGGUGGUCUUGGUAUUUGGUGGAUUGUUGAUGUAAUUCUCCUGAUAACGAACAGCCUUCACCCAGAGGAUGGCAGCAACUGGAACCCAUAUGUUUAAAACACUAGCAUUAGUGUAAAAUGUGAUCUAACUUAGUUCAACUUGAUACUAUAGACAUUUAAAAAACAUAGACUCUUCCGUUUGCUCUAAUUAUCAAUCUGUGUAAAUAAAUAAAUCUAUUACUUUUA